GCGCCGCACAGCUCAUAUUGAAUAUACUAAAAAGUACUCCAAAACCUAAACCUAAUUCACUAAAACUUAAUUCAGCGCCUCCUCACUUCAGUCCUCAACCUCUCAUUCCUCAAAUCAGUGCCGCACAGCUCCCGCCUGCACCUGAACCUCGUCGCCCCACCCCCGCCGCAGAUCUGCGCUUGCACCGCGCCGCCUGCACCUGAACCUCGUCGCCCCACCCCCGCCGUAGAUCUGCGCUUGCACCGCGCCGCCUGCACCUGAACCUCGUCGCCCCACCCCCGCCGCAGAUCUGCGCUUGCACCGCGCCGCCUGCACCUGAACCGCGUAGCCUGCACCGCGCCGCUCGUCGCGCCUGCAUCUGCACCGCGUCGCCGCGGAGAAGUCGGAAUCGCGGGAGCAGCGGCGCGGAAUCUACCUCCCCUCCACCGUAGCGCCGUUUCGCCGUUCCGCUUUCUCCGCCUCCACUGUAGCCUUCUUUCGCCGUUUCGCCGUCUGCCUCCCUUCCAUCGCCUCUACCGGUGCGGCGCCAGAUCCGUCCUGCUGCCAUUGUUGAGGUAAGUGUCGGUUAUUCUAAAAGAGGAAUGCAAAUUUCAGAAGUAUAGACUUUGACUUAAAGCUUCUUCUUGGAAUUGCUGAAAUUAUUUUAUGGAGCCAAAUGACCCCGAGGAAGAGGAGUUCGGGUUCUCAAGAAACUACUUUUUAACAAAAGAAUUGUGCAGUUCUGGCAAGAAAUCAGCGUGCAAAGUUUCUGAUAUCAAUCUCGUAGACGAGCAGGAAUUAAGAGAAGCAUAUGCUAAACUUGAGUUCAAGCACGAGAAAGAGAUCAAUGCUCUUGUAGAAAGUUACAAGAAGUUGUAUACUGAAUGGGUUUUUAUGUUAAGGUGUGGAUUUGGGCUUCUGUUGUAUGGUUUUGGGUCAAAGAAGGGGUUGAUAGAAGACUUUGCUUCAACGGCAUUAACUGAUUAUUCUGUUGUAGUGAUCAAUGGAUAUCUUCAGUCAAUCAAUCUUAAACAGGUUACAGUUACAUUAGCUGAACUUCUGUGGGAGCGGUUGAAAACCCAAAGGAAAUUGGAAAAUCAUCUUAAGAACCAGCAACCAUUUCAUACCCAAUCCAUGGAUGAUCUUAUUUCAUUUCUGGAUGGCCCACAUUUGGAGGAUGGUGAAUCUUUUAUUUGUGUUGUGGUGAACAAUAUUGACGGGCCCUGUUUGCGUGAUUCAGAGUCUCAGCAAUUUCUGGCUAGACUUGCAGCUUGUUCUCAUAUUCUCAUGGUGGCUUCCAUUGAUCAUGUGAAUGCACCUUUAUUAUGGAACAAGAAGAUGGUACACACCGAGUUCAAUUGGUACUGGUACCACGUUCCUACCUAUGCACCCUACAAGGUCGAAGGAAUAUUCUUUCCUCCGAUUCUAGCUCACAGUGGCAGCACACAAACUGUGAAGACGGCUUCAAUAGUUUUACAGAGUUUGACGCCAAAUGCUCAAAACGUGUUCAAAGUUGUUGUCGAUCAUCAGCUAGCCAAUCCUGAUGGAGAAGGCAAGUGGUUAAGUCUUACUGUGAAUUACUACAUAUGCCUUUGCAUAACAAAUGUGAUGUUUUUUUCCCUUGCAGGAAUGCCAUUGAACAAUUUAUACACAGUAUGCCGAGAGCGUUUUCUGGUGAGUAGCCAAAUUACUCUAAAUGCUCAUCUCACAGAAUUCAAGGAUCACGAAUUGGUGAAGACGAGAAGAAACGCAGAUGGUGAAGACUGCUUGUACAUUCCUCUCACGAGCGACACGCUUCAAAAACUUGUACAUGAGAUUAGCCAAUAGAAGAUAUAGAGCACUACUUACUAUGUAUGUCCAUUUGCUGAAAUUUGUACUCUAGCUUCUGGCAUUUCAGCAAUUUUCAGCUUGUUUGAUAUUUUAUUAACUUAUGAUGUUGGGCUUUGAUCACAUUGCUUUAUAAUAUCAUCUACUACUCUCAAA